UAAUUUGUGACGCUCUAUAAAUUCAAUACAUUCUUGCCUACAUUUAAAUUGGCUCAUAAAUGUAGUAUUCAAAGUAAUUUAAGCACGUUUUUGGAAGCCAAAAGUCAGUUAAGCCAUACCACAUUAUAUGAAAUAAACCUUUAGAGAUCCUUUUGAUUACCCAUUAAGAACAAAAAAGGAAAUUGAUGAUUAAUUAAGUUAAAAUCCACCUACUUAUCAAGUUUAUGCUGAAAUUACUUAUAUACCAGAUUUAAAAGGACAUAAUUUACAUAAAAAUAGUGAAGUAAAUAUAAUUGAAAUAUAAUAAUAGGUUGAACUAUUCAUCAAUAUUAGUGAAUUUAACUUUACUCCUAAAUAAAAAGAUAGAUUUAUUUAUUUGAUUGGUCCUAGAUAUAAGGGUAAAGAUGAAGUCAGAAUUAAAGUCAAUACAUUUAAUAAUUCAUUGUAAAAUAUUGAAAAAGGAAAAGAAAUGAUUUAUGAAUUAUUUUUAGAAGCAAUAAGAGCACCAUGUGAAUGAGAAUAUUGUUUUUAAGGAC